UCAUCAACGUCAACGAUGAUUAAUCCAUCAAUCAAUCGUAAAUAUAACCGAAAAUUAUCAUCAAACAAUAAUAAAAGUGGUAAUAAAAUCUCUCAAUUGAAUAUCAAUACAUCAUCAUCAUCAUCAUCUUCGAAUUAUAAUCAAUCAAAAAGUGCAUUCAAAAAGCUAAAAACAAUUAAAACUACAAAUAAAUCGACGAAUAGUGGUCACCAAUCAGUCAUUACAUCAAAUCAAUUUAUUUCAAAUUUGAAUUUGACAAAUUUUUACAAUCAAAUUUCAACAGAACAAUCGAAUGGUGGUUCGAAAUUUCCAUUGGCUAACCUAUUUAACAAUCGAAAUGGUUCCACUUCGAUAAAUCCAUCGUCAUCAUCACCAUCACCCUCAUCAUCGAUGCUAUUAAAUUCACCUGAACAUCAGCCAUAUACAUUUGGAUCAUCGAAUAUAAGUUCACCACCAUCAUCAUCUAUGAAUGGUACGAAAAUGGCAAUGUUAUCAUCACCGAUUUCUGUGCGGCCAACAUUCGAAUCGAACAAUACAACAACAACAACAACGGCAACAAAUUAUUCAUUAGAAUCAUCUGGUUCAUUGGAUUUAUCUGCAGAUUCUUCAUCAUCAUCAUUAUCUUUGGAUUCUGAUGGAUCAAAUUCACCCAAACAAUCAUCAAAAGAUUAUCACAAUAAUGGCGAUACAAACCAAAAACAGGAUUCGAAUGAACAUCUGGUUGUAACCAAGGAUGGAUCAUCAUCACCAUCAUCAUCAUCAUCAUCAUCAAUGAUACAAUUAUUACCACAAUCAUCAAUGGCAAAUAAUCCAUUAAUGAAUUUACCACCAUAUUUUAUGCCACCAACAACAUCGGCAUCAGCAGCAGCAGCAAAUCCAUUGAUUACAUCAUUAUAUCUAUUAUCACCAUCAUUGACAGCAUUAAGCUACCAAGCAAGCAAUGUUUGUGCAUAUUGUAAUCAAGCAUUUCGUAUGACAUCCGAUCUUGUAUAUCAUAUGCGUUCACAUCAUAAACGUACUAAAAUAGCCGAUGAAUUGGUGAAUAAAAAACGUCGUGAUGAUCAAUUACGUUGUAAUAUUUGUAAUGAAACAUUUCGUGAACGACAUCAUCUUACUCGUCAUAUGACAUCACAUCAAUAAUUUUAGUAUAACAAACACAAACAAACAAGAAGAU